ACAAAAUCGUGCUCCUUCAACAAACCCUUGUAGCAUGGGCAUAUUUUGUUGAAGUUUUUAACGAAUAUCAACUUGUAUGUUUUGUAUUUCUCGAGUUUGGUUUUGGAGAUUUGAGACCGCAAUCCUCGACAACCUUUCGCCAGAAAGGAUGCUCGUCAAGAACUUUUUGCCAGGUUUUGCAGACCAGCGAGCAUUUUUGA